CAGAGGAUGAGGAGGCACCCUUUGCCCAGAGCACUUCUGUAGGCGUGUCACAGACCAGGACGCCCAAGGCAGCUCAGUCUUCCUGGAAGACCCACCCCUGUGAGAUGUGUGGUCCAGUCUUGAGAGACAUUUUCCACUUGGCUGCGCACCAGGGAAAAGAAAACAGCCAGAAACUGUUGAGGUGUGGGGCCUGUGGGAAACGAUUUUAUUUCAGUGUAAAGUUUCAGCAGCAGCAGGAGCAGCACAUGGGUGCAGAACCCUUCAGAAGCCGUGUGGACAGGGCCUCUGCUGUGAAGAGCUGGGGAUUCCAUGGUUCAGGAAAGCCCUUUACCUGUGGAGAAGUUCAGAAGGACUUCCUGUCUGGCUCGGGGCAUCUGCAGCAAGAGGCCACUCAUACUGGGGAGAAUCCAAAGGAAAUCACCCAGUGCAGGGCAACUUUACAAAGCAGAAAAAGUCAUGACACCUGGGGAGAAUGCAAAAACGCCUUUAGUCCCAAACACACACAUAUUCAGGACCAGGGUGUCCACCUUGGAAGACAGUCCUUUGUGUGCAGUGAAUGUGGGAGAUCUUUUAGCACUCAUACUACUCUCCAUUAUCACCACAGAGUUCACACUGGAGAAAGGCCUUAUGAGUGCAGUGAAUGUGGCAAGUCCUUUACCCGAAGACAUAGACUCAAUAUGCACCUAAAGGUUCACUCAGGUGAAAGGCCUUAUGAGUGUAGUGAAUGUGGGAAAUCUUUUAUUUGUAGGUAUGAACUCCAGUAUCAUCAUAGAAGUCACUCUGGAGAAAAACCUUUUGAGUGCAGUGAAUGUGGGAAAUCUUUUACCUAUCGCUCUGCCCUCAGUUAUCAUCAGAGAUCCCACAGAGGAGAAAGGCCUUAUGAAUGCAGUGAGUGUGGAAAAUCUUUUACUUCUAGCUCUGCACUCAGGUAUCAUCACAGAGGUCACACAGGAGAGAGGCCUUAUGAGUGCAGUGAAUGUGGGAAAUCCUUUAGACAAAAACAUUCCCUCUCAAUACACCAGAAAAUUCAUAGUAGAGGAAACCCUUACAAAUGCAACAAAUGUGGGAAAUCUUUUUCUUGUAGUUCCAGUUUCCAUUAUCAUGAGAGAAUUCACACAGGAGAAAGGCCUUACGAGUGCAGUGAGUGUGGGAAAUCUUUUAUAAGUAGUACUGCCCUCCAUUAUCAUCACAGAGUUCACACUGGAGAAAGGCCUCAUGAGUGCCGCGAAUGUGGGAAAUCUUUUAGCACUCAUAGUGCUCUUCAGUAUGAACUCCAGUAUCAUCAUAGAGUUCAUUCUGGAGAAAAACCUUUUGAGUGCAGUGAAUGUGGGAAAUCUUUUACCUCUCGCUCUGCCCUCAGUUAUCAUCAGAGAUCCCACAGAGGAGAAAGGCCUUAUGAAUGCAGUGAGUGUGGGAAAUCUUUUACUUCUAGCUCUGCACUCAGGUAUCAUUACAGAGGUCACACAGGAGAGAGGCCUUAUGAGUGCAGUGAAUGUGGGAAAUCCUUUAGACAAAAACAUUCACUCUCAAUACACCAGAGAAUUCAUAAUGGAGGAAGCCCUUACAAAUGCAACCAGUGUGGGAAAUCUUUUACUUUUAGUUCCAGCUUCCAUUAUCAUCAGAGAAUUCACACAGGAGAAAGGCCUUAUGAAUGCAGUGAGUGUGGGAAAUCUUUUAUAAGUAGUACUGCCCUCCAUUAUCAUCACAGAGUUCACACUGGAGAAAGGCCUCAUGAAUGCAGUGAAUGUGGGAAAUCUUUUAUCACUCGUACUGCUCUUUCUUAUCAUCACAGGGUUCACACUGGAGAACGACCUUAUGAGUGCAGUGAAUGUGGGAAAUCUUUUAGGGGAAAAUCUAACCUCUCUCAACAUUGGAGAGUUCACACUAGAGAAAGGCAUGGUUGUAUAAUGAAUAUGCAAUUUCCUUAUUCAGUGUAAUGCCACUGGUGGAAACUUUUUUUUUUUUUUUUAAGAUUUUAGAUAUUUAUUUGACAGAGAGACACCGCAA